GCUCAAGCAACAGAAAAGUUCGCUUCUUGAUGCUAAACAACAUGGCGUUUGGAACGUUGCUUUGGGGUGUUUUUGUAUUGGAGGUGGUUUUGUGUUCGAAGUUUGAUGCUCUUUAUCAGGAAGACAAGGAAACUCCUUACGGCCACCUGAUACAGGGGGACAUUAUGGUUCCAAAAGGUGUCGCAGUGAGGGACAGACUAGCGGUUAAAGAUGAACGCUCAAAGUGGUCCAACGGUAUCGUUCUUUAUACGAUUGAUUCAGUUUACGAUGAUGAUGAGAAGAAAGUCAUCAUCAGCGCCCUUGCCGAAAUCGAAGAGCAAACAUGUAUUCAAUUUGUGGAGAGGAAGGAUGAGGUAGCCUAUAUUUUCAUCACUUCCAAGGAAGGUUGCUGGUCGAAUGUUGGUCGUCUCGGAGAAAAGCAGAUCGUCUCCCUUCAACGUGACACUUGCGUGCACAAAGGUGUGGUGAUGCACGAGAUAAUGCAUGCCAUUGGAUUCGAGCACGAGCAUAACCGACCUGAUAGGAACGAAUAUGUUAUUGUAAUAUGGGAGAAUAUCCUUCCAAGUAAUUAUUUCCAGUUUGAUAUUGUCUAUGCGUUUGAAUUCGACACUUUUGGAGAGCCGUACGACUACAAGUCCGUAAUGCAUUACGAUUACAAGGCUUUUUCCAAGGGUUCCGGUCCAACACUCUUGCCUAAGAAGAGCUCCAUUCAAGCAACAGAAUUAGGAGAGGCCCUAACCAAUGAUAUGCUCACCGAAAAAGACAUUAAGAAACUAAACAAAUACUAUUGCGAUGUAAAAACAACUAAUUAGCCAUAUCAGUGGCUUGAUUAAAACGUAUCUAAACAAGGUAUCUAAACUCGCGUGUUGUUGAAACUAUUUAAUCUUACUUCACUAAUUUGCAUCACUGGUUUCUAAAAGCGUUCCAAAAAUGAAGCUUUAGUGGUGUAUUCGGGUCGGUAAAGAUGAACAUAUAAGCUCAGCUGAACCUGUGUUUUCACUUGAAUUAUUGUUAAUAAAAGGCACAAUAAAAUCACA